GUGGCAUGGCUGGGGCUCCGCUUGUCUCUGCCUUGGCUUUCGGGUUCAUGAACUCUCCCAACGCGACCUAUGUCUGAUAUGACUGACUUGUCGGGUGCUACGAAGCCCGUCGACUGCUCAAAAAGGAUGCUCUGAGAACUUCCAGAAUGGCCCAGCAACGAUCGUCUCUAGGUGUUCGGGCCUCUGAUGGCCUCGAUAGCUCCUCCGGUCGAGCUGGACUUGCUCAGUCGCUCCCUGCUCAAAGUCAUAUGCCUGCCCGACCUGGAGAUAGUUGGUCAACGCCUAGAGCAGGAUCCUCCAGGCAUGUACAGACUCGGUCAGUCACAACAAAAGCCUUACGUGCGUUGGGAUCUGGCGACCGGGACUCCUUCGACAAUUGGCACGCCUUGAGGGACAUGGACGACGACGAUAACGACAAGGAAGAGGCAUCGGACCCAUUGCGGAGCAGUGGAUUUACUCGGAGACUCAGUGUAGCUACCGCCAUCUUCAUACCGAACCAGAGCACUGGAUUUGGCGAACAGAGAGCCAAUGUGUGGUCUUCGAGCCCUUCAAUAGCUAAAAACUUCUCAUCGUCACCGCCAAGGAUAUCGAACGGAUUUGAUGAGCUUAUUAGUGGGCGAAUGGAGGAGGGUUCAGACUCGGUCCCACGCAGCGAAAGAAGAAGCGGACAUGGUGAUCGUCUUGAUGGGACUUCUGUGCCUAUCAAAGCCCCGGGCGCGCGACAAACAGUCCCCUGGCAGGAGAAGGUCAAAUCGUUGUCACCAGUCUUUGUAGCCAUCUUCAAGUGCUCGUUAGCUUACACCCUCGCCUCUUUAUUCACCUUUGUACCUCGCCUGUCAAGGGUGCUAUCUACGACUAGCGAGACCGAUGCCCACGGCCGCAUCACACCUGUGCCAAACUAUUCGGCCCACAUGGUUGCCACGGUUGUGGUUUAUUACAAUCCAGCCAAAAGUAUUGGUGGAAUGCUCUUGGCAACACGAUUCUGCAUCAUCCUCGCCUCCUUUGCUACAUUAGUAUCCUUGGGAGCCAUGGGUACGUUAUGGCUGUUUGAUCAGUUCAGCCCUUCACACGGAGACAAGUGGGACUGGGUCAGCGAGAUAGGCGAUUGGAUCGUCUGUGUAGUGUGGGUAGGAGGAAGUAUGGGAACUUUGGCCUUUGCUAGAGUAUGGGUAGGCAACCCAAAUUUCAACACCGGUUGCUCAAUGGCUGCCAUCACAAUUUACACUGUCGUCAUCAAGGAAGGUCUGAUACCGAAGCUCUUAGAGGUGUUGCUCAUUGUUCUGAUGGCAGCCUGUGUCACGAACCUCGUCUGCUUUGUCGUCUUCCCCGUUUCAGCCACUACGAGACUUCAAUUAUCUAUCUCCAAAUCUCUGACAUCUUUUUCGACUCUUCUGGACAGGCUAUGCGCAACGUUUCUUCUGGAAAAGACAGUCGUCAAAGGCUCUCACACGACACUCCGUGAUGCUGUGACUUCGCACGCAGCAGCAUUCAAAAACCUCAAGGCCGAUCUCGCGGAAGCCAAACAUGAGCGAGUCGUCGAUACGAGGAUUCGCGGGAGGCAUAUGGAGCUCUACGAUGCGGCGAUUGAAAGUCUUGCUCGAUUGGCUCAGCAUCUUGCGGGAUUGAGAGGCAGUACGAAAUUGCAAGAAGGGCUCUUAAGAGCUGCGCGGGAGGGAAGAAUCCGCUUAGACCAUACACAACUACCGAGCAUAUCCCCCACGAUGCUCAAGAGCAUAAGCUCAGACUUUCACUGGGGAGGAAUCGAGGACGGGGACCUGCAAACCAGCAUAAAGCUUUUAAUGCAAUUCCAGGAGAUUGCGGGGUCGCAGAUGAGGCAGCUCGUGUCACGAUGCGAUGAUGCAUUGGAGGCUGUCCAAGCAGUCACUCACAGGUCCACAAAGACUGUUCCAUCGUUGUCUGAGGUCAGGUCAGAUCUCGCCUCUUCCCUCACAGACUUCAAUCGAUACUCCAGCCGGGCCAUCAAACGACUCUACGCGGGCCCAAGGCGGCAGAAAGAGUACAUGACGCAAGACCUUGAUGACAACGACGAUGACUCUCUCUUCGAUCCCGACGAUAUGCUUCAAGGACCCAACGAGACGGUAUUUCUCAUAUACUUUUUCCUCUUCACCCUCGAGGAGUUCGCCCGCGAGCUCAUCUUCCUCAUCGACACAGUUUCCGAGAUCUUAGAGGAGCAGCCCAUGUCCGCUUUGGACUACUUGUGGUCCGUCCUGCCCUCACGUCGUGGCAGAACGGAGAAGCGAGGGGCGUACCUCUAUAAGCAACUCCGCAAAAUUGUUCCAGUAGAUCCUUCCAAGCUCCAGCCGCCCCUGUUCCCGCGAUCCCAGGCGGAUGGUGAGGAAAAUUACUCCAUCACCUUCACAUUAUGGGAACGGUUUCGCAAGCGACUUUGGACCAUGGGCGAGUUUCUCCGUCGGCCGAAUAUCCGCUAUGCUCUCAAAGCUGGCAUAGGCGGGGCCAUACUGGCAGCUCCAGCAUAUACCGAAGCCGGUCGCCCCAUAUUUUUGCGUUACAGAGGCGAAUGGGCUCUGAUCGCGUAUAUCUCCGCUAUCAACCCCACGGUCGGAGCGACCAAUUUAAUCUCGGUGUUUCGAGUCAUCGGCACAAUUAUCGGCGCCUCUGUAGCUGUAGGCGUCUACACUCUGUUCCCUGAGAAUGCGGUCGUCCUGCCCAUUCUCGGCUGUAUCUUGUCGAUUCCAGCGUUCUACGUCAUCACGCAGAUGCCUGGAUACGCUCAAGCGGGGCGGUUCACCCUGCUGGCUUACAACCUGACUUGCCUUUACGCAUUUAACUCGAGAGAAAGAGAAAUCAGUCCGCUGUCUAUUGCCAUUCGUCGAUCUACGAGCGUCGUGGCUGGGGUCGUCUGGGCGGCAAUCGUCUCUAGAUACUGGUGGCCUUAUACGGCCAGGCGAGAGCUGCGGAUAGGUCUAUCAGACUUCUUCCUCGAUCUCAGCUAUCUAUAUUCCAAGCUCGUCACAACUUACUCUCACGGCAACCAAACCGAGGACAACACUGUGAAGAGACAAAGCUCUGAGACCGAACCUUUGCUACCAACGGUCGCCUUUGAACACUCUCACCUUGGACCCGGUAUCAGGCAAUUUAUGUCGAUGGAGCUGCAUCUGCAAGGCCAGCUGCAAAGUCUCAGAGCCCGGCUCGCCGAGACGAAGAACGAGCCGCGCCUCAAGGGGCCCUUCGCCUACGACUUUUACAAAGAAGCGCUGUUGAGUUGUGAAAGGAUGCUGGACAGGCUUCAUUCAAUGCGCUGUGUCACGACAAGAGAAGAAUGGGACAACGGCAUACGAGAAGCCUUUGUGCUUCCUGUCAAUCCACAACGACGAGAGAUGGUAGGAAAUGUCAUAUUAUAUUUUUACACCCUUUCCGCUGGUUUUCAACUUCGAACUCCGAUGCCACCGUAUCUUCCUCCGGCGGAAGACGCUCGGAGACGCCUCGUAGAAGCUAUACGAGGGCUCGACGUGGUACGAAAGCGGUCCGUCAGGGGAGGCGGUAGGCACCUGUUGUACUUUGCGUACGCCUCAGCCAUGCAGGAGGUCAUUGUUGAGCUGGAAUAUUUGGGCAAGAUGAUGCAGGACUCCUUUGGUGUCAUAUCGCAGAGCACGGUCGAGGACUUUGAGGCGUUGUUCAAUAGUGGUCCAGGAUCUGAUCGGACUGACCCGCAGUGUCUCUAAGGGAUUUGAAGACUUGUAUGUAUCUCAUUUCAUG